UGCAUGCAGCCACAUCAUGGGCUGGAGAUGCCACUGUCCGCUUGGUUUAAUGAUCAAUGAGCUCCCUGCCAGGAAACCCUUUCUGACCUGGUUUGCCCCUCAGUCCCUCGGGCUCAUACCUAGUGCCUGCGGCAGGACAGCCAUGGCCGCCAACUCCACCAGCAACCUCCACACUCCCGGGACGCAGCUGAGCGUGGCUGACAUCAUUGUCAUCACCGUGUAUUUUGCUCUGAAUGUGGCCGUGGGCAUAUGGUCCUCUUGUCGGGCCAGCAGGAACACAGUGAAUGGCUACUUCCUGGCAGGCCGGGACAUGACGUGGUGGCCGAUUGGAGCCUCCCUCUUCGCCAGCAGCGAGGGCUCUGGCCUCUUCAUUGGACUGGCAGGCUCAGGCGCGGCAGGAGGUCUGGCCGUGGCAGGCUUCGAGUGGAAUGCCACGUACGUGCUGCUGGCACUGGCGUGGGUGUUCGUGCCCAUCUACAUCUCCUCAGAGAUCGUCACCUUACCUGAGUACAUUCAGAAGCGCUACGGGGGCCAGCGGAUCCGCAUGUACCUGUCUGUCCUGUCCCUGCUACUGUCUGUCUUCACCAAGAUAUCGCUGGACCUGUACGCGGGGGCUCUGUUUGUGCACAUCUGCCUGGGCUGGAACUUCUACCUCUCCACCAUCCUCACGCUCGGCAUCACAGCCCUGUACACCAUCGCAGGGGGCCUGGCUGCUGUAAUCUACACGGACGCCCUGCAGACGCUCAUCAUGGUGGUGGGGGCUGUCAUCCUGACAAUCAAAGCUUUUGACCAGAUCGGUGGUUACGGGCAGCUGGAGGCAGCCUAUGCCCAGGCCAUUCCCUCCAGGACCAUUGCCAACACCACCUGCCACCUGCCACGUACAGACGCCAUGCACAUGUUUCGAGACCCCCACACAGGGGACCUGCCGUGGACCGGGAUGACCUUUGGCCUGACCAUCAUGGCCACCUGGUACUGGUGCACCGACCAGGUCAUCGUGCAGCGAUCACUGUCAGCCCGGGACCUGAACCAUGCCAAGGCGGGCUCCAUCCUGGCCAGCUACCUCAAGAUGCUCCCCAUGGGCCUGAUCAUCAUGCCGGGCAUGAUCAGCCGCGCAUUGUUCCCAGGUGCUCAUGUCUAUGGGGAGAGACACCAAGUGUCCAUCUCUCGAACAGAUGAUGUGGGCUGCGUGGUGCCGUCUGAGUGCCUGCGGGCCUGCGGGGCCGAGGUCGGCUGCUCCAACAUCGCCUACCCCAAGCUGGUCAUGGAACUGAUGCCCAUCGGUCUGCGGGGGCUGAUGAUCGCAGUGAUGCUGGCCGCGCUCAUGUCGUCGCUGACCUCCAUCUUCAACAGCAGCAGCACCCUCUUCACUAUGGACAUCUGGAGGCGGCUGCGUCCCCGCUCCGGCGAGCGGGAGCUCCUGCUGGUGGGACGGCUGGUCAUAGUGGCACUCAUCGGCGUGAGUGUGGCCUGGAUCCCCGUCCUGCAGGACUCCAACAGUGGGCAACUCUUCAUCUACAUGCAGUCAGUGACCAGCUCCCUGGCCCCACCAGUGACUGCAGUCUUUGUCCUGGGCGUCUUCUGGCGACGUGCCAACGAGCAGGGGGCCUUCUGGGGCCUGAUAGCAGGGCUGGUGGUGGGGGCCACGAGGCUGGUCCUGGAAUUCCUGAACCCAGCCCCACCCUGCGGAGAGCCAGACACGCGGCCAGCCGUCCUGGGGAGCAUCCACUACCUGCACUUCGCUGUCGCCCUCUUUGCACUCAGUGGUGCUGUUGUGGUGGCUGGAAGCCUGCUGACCCCACCCCCACAGAGUGUCCAGAUUGAGAACCUUACCUGGUGGACCCUGGCUCAGGAUCUGCCCUUGGGAACUAAAGCAGGUGAUGGCCAAACACCCCAGAAACACGCCUUCUGGGCCCGUGUCUGUGGCUUCAAUGCCAUCCUCCUCAUGUGUGUCAACAUAUUCUUUUAUGCCUACUUCGCCUGACACUGCCAUCCUGGACAGAAAGGCAGGAGCUCUGAGUCCUCAGGUCCACCCAUUUCCCUCAUGGGGAUCCUGAGGCCCCAAGAGGGGCAGAUUCCCCUCACGGCUGCACAGCAGCUCGGUGCCCAAGAACUGGCCAAGCCAGCAAAGCGGGAGCCCUGAAAAAUUAGGGGGGAAAUGGGAGAAAAGAAUGUGACAUUUCAAAAACAGCACCAAAGCAGUCAGCAUUGGAAGGAAAAUUAGAUUUCUGACGGACA